ACAGUCAACGUACAGACAACAAACGAAGUGGAGCAAAAGUGUUGUGAAUAACAAAAUUUAAGGAUAUUUAUUUUAUUUAUUACAUAAGGAUUACAAAUAAACAAAAAAUACAAACAUGGGAUUGAUGUUAAAUUGGGCCCUUUUGGCCACGGUUCUAUUAGCUGGCAUCUUACACACACAAGCUGAAGAGCAAACAUCCUGGAGUGGUAGCUGGUCAGUGCCAGCACAGGAUUCUAUGUUGAGUAAACGUUCUGCUGACGCUGAUGCCGAACCCAAGCAGGGAGAAGAAGAUGUACAAGGUCGCAAUUAUGCCGUUAAUGAGCCCAUUUAUAGUAAUGAUACCGAUAUUAAUCAAAUAAUUGAUCAAAUCAUCAAUUCCCGUCGUGAAGGUAGAAUUUUGAAUGAAUAUGAUCGUGUCUAUGAAGAUGGCAAUGUAGAUCAGGCUUUGAUGCAAGGAAAUGAUAUGCAGGCUCGUAAUUUGGUGCGUGAUAAAUUGUGUGCUUUGGGUUUGAUGAACUGUGAAGAAGCCAAACGUCCUUACUAUUCCAGUAUUUAUGCUCAGGGUCCACCUAAAUAUGGUGGUGGUCCUUAUGGUGCUCCCAAGCCAAUGCCUCCUCCCUCAUAUUUCAAUGGACGUCCUCAUAUGGGUCCUCCUCCCUCUUCGGUUAAUUCUUUCGGUCCACCACGCAAAGUAGGCUAUGAAAGUUCUUACAAACCUGGCUACAGACCCUCAGGACCAGGACCUAAUUACAAUGGCCCCUAUUUGGAAUCUCCUCCCCCUUCAGCUAUUGAUGGUUCUUCUUCAUCGGCUAGUUUCAGCAGACCUCCACCUGGAGCCGUUAUUUAUGGCAGCAAACCUCCUGGUCCCAUCUACACUGGUCAUGGUCCUUCUCCUCCCUAUGCCUUUGAAAAUCCCGAAAAGAUUCAAGUAGCCGGUUCUCAACAAACCAACUUCUAUAGCCACCAAUCAUCCGCUUCAGCUGCUUCUUCCAGUACUAAAGUUGUAGUAGCUGGUGGUAUACCUACCGGUGCUGCUGUGUCUUCGAAUUCUGCUUCAUCCGCUUCUUCUUUGCAACAACAUGUUCAUCAUCACUAUCAUCAUGUAGAAGGUGCUGAAGGCGCUAAAGUUCCUAGUGUAGCCAUACCAGUAGGUUCAGGACAAACCAUUAAUACCGAUUUCUCUGCCUUAGCUCAAUCUUCAACGGCCUUUACUCCUGAAACUCAGGGUUCAUUCCAGUCUAAUUCUGCUUUUAAUGCUGGUUUCAAUGGUGCUUCCCAGGGUGGUCUUUUGUCUCAAGGUGCUUCUAGUUUCGGACAAGGUGCUUCUAGUUUCGGCCAAGGUGGUUCUAGCUUCGGACAAGGUGGUUCCAGUUUCGGACAAGGAUUGAAUGGUUUCAAGCCUAAUGGUGAUUUAUAUUCCAAACCUUCUGCUGGUUUAGCUUCAUUCGGUGGCAUCUCUUCCUCAUCUUCUGGUUUUGGACAAUCUGGUUUUGGUCAAUCUGGUUAUGGACAAGCUAGCACUCCUGGCUCCAGCUAUCACAGUCAAAAUCCCGAUUAUUACAAAAAGGAAUUACACAAUAUUGGUGGUAUUGCCGCUUCUUCCAGCAACAAUUUCAAUAGUUUAACUUCCGGCUAUGGCAAUGAACAAUUCAAUGGUGGUUAUGACAUUGCUCGCAAUCAAUUUGUCGAUUGUCAAUGUGUACCCUUCAAUCAAUGUCCUGCUGCCGAUCGUAUUGGUCGCAAAGAAGAUUUAAUUUUACCUAUUGAUCCUCGUAAUUUGGGUAAAGAUAUUGAGGCUUUAAGUGAUGAAGCUGCUGCCAAUAUUACCGUCUCUGCCACAGCGGAAAAGAAAUCGGAUGAACAAAAAUCUGAAGAUGACAAGACUGAAGACAAGAAACGUAGCAAGCGUCAAGCUAUCCAAGAAGAAGAAAAUAAACCCGAAGAUGCUGCUUCUGAUAUGACUCAAGAUUCUCAAGGCCGCCUAGGACUACCUGCCUUGCAAGCUAUUGAAUUGAUACGCCGCAAAAUUUUGCCAACAUAUGGUGUUUCUUUUGGUCUCCCCUAUCCCAAUAACCCUGGCGGUUAUCCCACCAAUGUUUUGGGUGAAAAUUAUCCUGCUCAAAAUCCUCAUUUUGGAGCUCUGGGACCAAAUGGUCUUAAUCUUGGCUUAAUAAAUGUAAAUCCCUUGGUAUCUGUACAAGUAAAGAAAACAGAAUUUGGUGAGAAUGUAGUAAAACCUUUGGUGAAUCUUCAUAUUACACCAAGUGCUAAUAUCUUUGAUGCAGUUGGUAACCUAUUUAAAUCCAAGCCAAAUGUGGUGCACAAUAGUCACUACCAUCAUCAUGAACAUUAUUCUGGAUUUGAUCAUGAUCAUCAUUCCCAUCAUGAUGGUCCUACCUUUACCAGUCCAGGAUCCAUACACCAUUUUCCUUCUACAGGACCAAGUUUUCACAAAUACGAAAUUGAAAUGAUACCCAGCAAACCAAUAUUUGAGUAUCAUUCUGGCCCACAAAUAUAUACUGAACCAAGUUCUAUACAUCAUUAUGAGAAUCAUCAUAAAGAACAUUAUGAACAUGUGUCUAGCCAUUCGACCUCGUUUGUCCACACGUCUCCUGGUCACUCUUCUUUCGGAGAUCACUCAUCUUAUCCCACAACAACUUCAGGUUUUGAUUCUAACUCACAUUCGUAUCCCCCCUCAGGAAGUGAUUACGAACACACUUCUAGCCAUUAUCCAACGGGUAGUGCUAGUUUUGGUUCAUCAUCACAUUCCUAUCAACCUCCAGACAACGAGUUUACACACACUGCAAGUCACUAUCCAACUGGAGGGGCAAAUUUUGGACCCUCUCCACUUACAUACCCAACACCUGGCAAUGAAUUUGGACAAGGUUACUCCACAGGUUUUGGUACUAGUGGUUAUGAUGGCAACCAAGGUUUUGAAAACCCAUACGAUCGCAGUUCUCGAGUUAAUCAAUCUUUAACAUUUUCCGAAUCCCAACGUUAUCGAAAAGGAAAAGAAUUGGAAUACACAAAUACUGAUAUCACACAUCCAAUACCUACACAAGCUCCAGGAGCUGCUGAGGGUAGUGAUUAUAUAACAUUUCCUAGAGAUCGCAAAAGGCGUAGCAUAGAAGAACAUGAAGAAACGGUAGAGAAACGUAGUAGUGUAUUAGCAGAAACGGUUAAGCUACAAGAGCGUGCUUAUUAUGGCAACCGCCCUGUACAGAAGACUUGCCGUGUUAAUGAAGUUUGCUGUCGUCGUCCCUUACGUCCAGCUCAACCACCACAACAACAAUUAGGUCGUUGUGGUGUACGCAAUGCUGCCGGUAUUACCGGUCGUAUCAAGAACCCCGUUUAUGUAGAUGGUGACAGUGAAUUCGGUGAAUAUCCAUGGCAUGUAGCUAUUUUGAAAAAGGAUCCCAAAGAAUCGAUUUAUGCUUGUGGUGGUACUUUGAUUGAUGCCCUACAUGUUAUUACUGCUGCUCAUUGUAUUAAAUCACAAAAUGGUUUUGAUUUAAGAGCUCGUUUGGGUGAAUGGGAUGUUAACCAUGAUGUUGAAUUCUUCCCUUAUAUUGAACGUGAUGUUGUUUCCGUACAAAUCCAUCCUGAAUACUAUGCUGGUACUUUGGAUAACGAUUUAGCUGUUUUGAAAUUGGAUCAUCCUGUAGACUUCACCAAGAAUCCCCACAUUAGUCCCGCCUGUUUACCUGACAAAUUCUCCGAUUUCACUGGUGCUCGUUGCUGGACCACUGGCUGGGGUAAGGAUGCUUUCGGUGAUCAAGGCAAAUACCAAAAUAUUCUCAAGGAAGUCGAUGUACCAAUUCUAUCCCACCACCAAUGUGAAAACCAAUUGCGCCAAACCCGUCUUGGCUACAGUUACAAAUUGAAUCCUGGCUUUGUUUGUGCCGGUGGUGAAGAAGGCAAAGAUGCCUGCAAGGGUGAUGGUGGUGGCCCAUUGGUCUGUGAACGUGGUGGUGUCUGGAAUGUUGUUGGUGUUGUUUCCUGGGGUAUUGGCUGUGGUCAAGUGAAUGUACCUGGUGUUUAUGUUAAGGUAUCUCACUACUUGGAUUGGAUCCGUCAAAUCACUCAAUACUACAAAUGAUUAGAUGCUUUCCCACAUACAACUACGCGACGCAACUCCGGUUGCUCCUCACGUGACAUAUUUGAAUUUCAUUUCUAAAUCGCCAUGUUUUUGUAUUUUUUGUUUUUCGAAACUUUUGAAAAAAAAAAACUUCUUUUAAUUUAUUGUUAGUGUUGUAAGCGAGCGUGCUCUCAACUAUUUAUUUGUUUUUUUUUUUGUAUACAUUUUGUUAUCAAUUGAGAUUUAUAAACGUGAACUAAUUAAGAUUUUCUUUAGCAAACUUUCUGCAUUUUGGAAAAUUUGCCAAGAGAUCUGCGAGUAUUUAGCACGUUAGAAAAUCAUUUAGGUUUUAUUAUUUAAUAGUUUUUUUAUAAUGUAUUUAAUUUAUUUUUUUAUUUAAAUAAAGUUUUG